AUGGCGAGCAAGAAGAGUGCCGAGGGUGAUGCGCUCCCAGAAGCCACUGCGACACGGAGCGGACUACAAAGUGACACAGAUAUUUCGCCAGCGACCAAGCAAGACAUUGAGUAUCCUUCUGGGGUGAAAGUCUACCUCAUCAUAACUUCCUUGUGUCUGGCAAUAUUCCUUGUCGCGCUUGACCAGACAAUCAUCGCGCCGGCAUUAGGCGCCAUCACGGCCCAGUAUGGAUCCGUCAAGGACAUUGGAUGGUAUGGCGCUUCUUAUCUACUCACCAGCACGGCAUUACAGCCACUGUACGGGACCAUAUACAGGUUAUUUGAUAUCAAGCUCGCCUUUCUCGGCGCCGUCGCCUUGUUCGAGCUGGGGAGCCUCGUGUCCGCCGUCGCCCCGUCCUCCGUGGUCUUCAUCAUUGGCCGCGCCAUAGCCGGACUGGGCGCGGCCGGCAUCUUUUCCGGGUCCAUUGUCAUCAUGUCGUACACGCUGCCGCUGCGGAGACGACCCCUCAUGUUUGGUUUCUUUGGCGGUAUGUGGGGGAUCGCGAGCGUCGCCGGUCCCUUGCUGGGCGGCGUCUUUACCGACCAUGUCACCUGGCGGUGGUGCUUCUAUGUCAACCUGCCCAUUGGCGGUGCGGCCAUGGUUGUGGUCUUUCUCUUCCUAGGCAUCCCGCACGCUACCGGUGACGAUCACACUGGAUCGUUCCUCUCACGCAUCCUUCAGCUCGAUUUGCUCGGUGCCGGCAUACUCAUUCCCGCCAUCGUCAUGUUACUCCUCGCUCUGCAGUGGGGAGGCGCCGAGUAUCCGUGGAAUGACUCUCGCAUCAUCGGCCUAUUCGUCGGGGCUGGAGUCAUGAUUCUAUUGUUUGCAUGGGUCGAGCAUUGGCAGCAGGAUAAGGGACUUCUCCCGCCUCGCUUCUUCAAGAACCGCGAUGUAUUUUGUUCCAUGCUAUUUAGUUUCUUCUUUGGCGCUUGUUUUUUCGCCAUGAUUUACUAUCUCUCUCUCUACUUCCAGGCAGUUCAAGGCGAUUCUGCCGUGCAGGCGGGUAUCAAAAUACUACCUAUGCUCAUCUCUACUGUCCUCAGCUCCAUGGUGAGCGGUGCCCUUAUCACCUUGUUUGGCUACUACAAUCCUCUCAUCCUGGUGGAGACUGCAAUGUUGGCUGCCGGCGCUGGACUUAUCUCGACAUUUUGGCUGGAUACGCCGUUCUCCAAAUGGUUUGGGUACCAGGUCCUUCUUGGGCUUGGUACCGGUGUUUGUUUCCAGGCUGGCGUCAUUGUGGUACAGAACGUGCUCCCGCAAGCCCUCGUUCCCCAAGGCACUGCAUGCGUUCAAUUCUUCCAGAGUCUUGGAGGGGCCUUGUUCAUUGCCGUGGCCCAGACGGUAUUUCAAAACGGGCUCAUUGAAGGAGUCACGAGGGAUGCACCACAACUCGACCCAUUGAUCUUUAUCAACUCUGGUGCUUCCCAAAUCAGACAGUUACUCAUAUCCAUGGGACAGGCAGAUGCAAUAGAUGCGGUUCUUGGCGCCUACACGAUGGGUUUGCGGAAUACGUACUACAUUAGUGUCGCCAUGGCCGCGGCAGCUUUUGUGGCGGGACUCGGGUUGCGAUGGAAGAGGAUCGAGAAGGCUACUAGCACACCACCAUCAGAGGAAGAUGUGGAGAUGGGAGACGUGAAUAAGAAUACCAAGGUAGAUGGUGAUGGCGAAAAAGACAUGGCCAAAUAA